AUGAACCCCGUCAAGCAUCUCGGCCGCGACACCGACACCGACACGCUCUUUAGCGUCACGUCCGACACGAGCACCAUCGUUCCGCGCGACUCCAAGGCGCCGGGGACCCAGCCCGGCACCAAGGCCAACCUGCGCAAACACGGCGGCGUCCUCGCAAAGCUCAAGAGCAAGCUCACAGUCGGCGUCGACGCGGCAAGCAUCGACCGGCUGGUCGCCGAGGGCUUCUACAUCGGCCAGGUACAGCAGGCGCUGCGGUACUACGAGGGGGAUGUCGACGCCGCGCGCCUCAUGCUCAUCCACCGCCGCGACCACCGUGUCGAGCUGGUCGACGAGGGGUGCGACUUUUGCGACAAGACGGCUGCGGCGCGCAUCGCCCAGGGACUCGACCCGAAGAGGUGGCCUGGGGCGAGCGCACUGUUGGGCGUUGGCUGCUAG